UAGUAAAUAGCUGGUCUUGCACUUGCACACGUCACAUGGUAUUGUCUAAAACCUUUCAGGCACAAAACCUAAUCUCCUGCUGAGAUCUACACGCAAACUCAUACUGUCCCACUCUCACAAUCUCUCCCCUUUCCUUUUCUUUUCGUAAAAAAACACGAAAGCUAAAAGCAAAAAUACAAAAUCUCCACUCUCCACGUAGCUUAUUUGGCCAACAACGCGCACUACACAACAGUAAAACGCACUUCCUUUACUUCACUUUACCAAUGGCUUCUCCAUUUCCAUUCUCUCAACCUCUCCUUCUUCUUCUGCUUAUUGUUAUUACUUCAUUUUCUUUCACUUUGGUGGCUUCUCAAUGCAAGAACUCGCCUGUCAUCUUCAACUUUGGGGAUUCAAAUUCCGACACCGGUGGACUAACCGCCGGUCUUGGCUUUCCUGUAAAUCUUCCAAAUGGUCGCUUAUUCUUCCACCGGUCAACCGGUAGAUUGUCUGAUGGACGUCUUUUGAUCGACUUCCUCUGUCAGAGUUUGAAUGCUAGUUUUCUAAACCCAUAUCUGGACUCAUUGGCGGGCUCAAGGUUCAGUAAUGGUGUAAACUUUGCCGUUGUGGGAUCUUCAACUCUUCCAAAGUUUGUUCCUUUUUCAUUGAACAUUCAAAUUAUGCAGUUCCUUCAUUUCAAAGCUCGAGCCCUUGAACUUGUCAAUGCUGGUUCACAAAAUUUGAUCAGCGAUGAUGGGUUUCAGAAUGCACUUUACAUGAUUGACAUUGGUCAAAAUGACAUUGCUGAUUCAUUUUCUAAAAAUCUAUCCUAUGUUCAAGUGGUCAAAAGGAUUCCAUCCUUUAUUCAAGAAAUAGAGAAUGCCAUGAAGACUUUAUAUGAUCAUGGAGGAAGGAAAUUCUGGAUACAUAACACCGGGCCAUUAGGUUGCCUCCCUCAAAAACUUGCAUUAACUAAGACAAAGGAUUUGGAUUCACACGGAUGUAUUUCAAGUUAUAACAGUGCUGCAAGAUUGUUCAAUGAAGGAUUGCGUCGUGCAUGCCAAAGAAUGAGGUCUCAAUUGACAGGUGCAACUAUAGUCUAUGUAGAUAUAUAUUCCAUCAAGUAUGACCUCAUUGCUAACUCCUCCAAAUAUGGUUUUUCAAAUCCACUAAUGGCAUGUUGUGGCUAUGGAGGUCCUCCAUACAAUUACAAUAUAGGGGUAACUUGUGGUCAACCUGGCUAUCAUGUUUGUGAUGGAAAAUCCCCAUCUGUAAGCUGGGAUGGGAUCCAUUACACUGAAGCUGCUAAUGCUAUUCUGGCUACCAAAGUUCUUUCCACAGCUUAUUCUUCACCGCGUUUGUCGUUUGAUUUCUUUUGUCGCAAUUGAUUUUCAUUUGUUGUUCUAGUUCAAUUGAAAGAAAAUCUUUUGAACUUGAUAGUUUAAAUUCUGAGUUCCAACUUAUUUGAAACCAAUUAAAUAUUAGUAUCAGCCAAUCAGACGUGGUCUGCUCUUGAGUUCGAGUCCCA